AUGAGGAUUGUAUCGAAUAAGGAAAGAGAAAGAAAUGUUUCACUUAUAGAAUCGUUCCCGAUUUCGGCCAAUAUUAUUCGAGCGCAUGAAGUGAAUAAAUCAUUAAUGAAAAACGAAAUAAUAAAACAAGCGGUGAAAGAUAAUGGAAAACAAAGAUACUUUAUAAUUGAACAGAAAAAAGAAGACAAGAAGUGUACGGAUCGUUCGAUACAUGAUUUUCCUGAGGAUUUGUUCACACACGAACAGCGACGUCAUGGAGCAGUAGUAUUACAUGCUUUUCUUGGAUUAUAUUGUUUUUUAUUGACGGCAUUCGUUUGCCAUGAUUAUUUAUUACCAGCCAUUGAUUGUAUAUGCACUAGUUUGAAUAUAAGCACCGAUGUUGCUGGAGCGACAUUUCUUGCAAUGGCUAGUUCUUUUCCUGAAUUGUUUGUGAAUAUUAUUGGAACGUUUUUAACCGAAUCAGAUCUUGGUGCCGGUACAGUUGUUGGUAGUGCUGUAUUCGAUACCUUCGCAACUCCAGCUUGUGGAGCGUUGAUGACUUUUUAUGCAAUACCAUUAGAAUGGCAAGUAUUGUCACGAGAUUGUAUAAUGUAUGUGAUAUCUGUUGGAACAUUAGUAAUAAUAAUGUGGGAUGCAAAGAUUCAAUGGUACGAAGCAAUGAUCUUGUUAAUAUUGUUUUGUUUUUAUCUAAUUUUGCUCUUUUGCGGUAAACAUAUUAGAUUAUGUUGCGACAAAAUUUCUUUUAAUUCCAACUCUAUAAAGCUAUCCACUAUUGAUUUGAAUGAAAAUUUACCUCCUAAUGGCUCAUAUAAAUUGCGUCCUCAAGACAACGCAGUUGUUGUAGACCAUAAAAAGAAUUUGAAUAUCCAGAACUUAGAAAGGCAGCAGAAUCGGAUAUAUGAUUCUGAAAAUGUAGAAAAUUUUAAGAAAUCGAUGAAGCGUUCAAUUUUUGAAUAUUUAUUUACUUGGCCAAUAGAGCGAACUAUUAUUGAAAAAUGUUGGUUCAUGUUUGGUUGGCCAUUAAAAUUUUUAUUAUUUAUAACGAUACCAGAUCCUAAGAUUGAACGAUUGAAACAUUGGUAUCCGUUGACUUUUAUCAUGUGCAUGAUUUGGAUUGCGAUAUCUUCGUAUUUAGUUUCUUGGAUGACAACGGUUAUCGGUGAUAUCAUAGGUAUCCCUGAUUCCAUCAUGGGUCUUACAUUUCUAGCAGCUGGUGGAAAUAUGCCAGAAGUUGCAUCAAUUGUAAUUUUAGCAAAACAAGGCGACGGAAAUAUGGCAAUGAGUAAUACAUUGGGAGCAAAUAUUCUUGACAUCUUACUUUGUUUGGGUUUACCAUGGAUAAUAAAAUGUCUCAUGGAAAAAAGAUAUGUGGAAAUCGAAUCAGGAGCUUUAAAAUAUAGUGUAUUUUCGACAGUUAUUUGCGUAAUUAUUCUUUAUACAGUUAUAGCAUGUUUUAUUAAAUUGAACAAAAAAGUAGGAAUUAUAUGUUUAUUUCUAUAUACGAUAUUUAUAAUAUUUGCAAUUCUUAUAGAAUUGAAUGUUUUUUUCAUUAUAAAUUUACCAAUGUGUGAUUAGUGAAUUAUUAAUUUCUCUCUACAUACAUUUCAUUCUCAUAUACAGUUUA